CAUUCCCCAAAUCACCAUGCACCGCCCGAGCCCACCAUCCGAUUCCGACCAACAUGCCGACCGCCGCCGGCUGCCUACUCCACCGCCCAGCCGUCCCGACCAAGCCCAAACUUCGAAACCCCUCGCUACGCACCACGAUCUAAUCAACAACUACCCUUCCCACCGCCCACGCCUAAAGCCUCCGCCUUUAAAGCGCACGAGUCCCCUCGCUUGGUUCGCGGCCAUCUGCUGCGCCCUCUUCUGGACCAUCAUCAUCCUCGGCGGCCUCGCCGUCCUCAUCAUCUACCUUCUCUUCCGCCCGCGCAAUCCCCAUCUCGACAUCCCACAAGCCACUCUCAAUGCCGCCUACCUCGACAUCGACAUCGACAGUAAUACAACCCUCCUCAACGCCGACCUCACCCUCCUCGCCAAUUUCUCAAAUCCUAACCAUAAAGUUGAUGUCGUCUUCACUCUGCUUGACCUAGACCUCUACUUUGGGGCCACGCUUGUGGCCGCCGCGGCGCUGAAUCCGUUUUCCGAGCGGAGGGGGGAGUCGGCGUUGAGGAGUGUGCAUAUGGUGGCGAGUCAGGUGGCGUUGCCGGAAAAGGAGGCGGAGGAGUGGAGGAGGCAGGAAGAGGAAGGGGCUGCGGGGAGUGGGGGAGGGAAUGGGUUGAUGAUGGAGGUGCGUGGGACGAUGAGGACGAGGUCGGAGUUGGGUGGUUUGCUGAGAUUUAGUUAUUGGUUGCAUUGUCGGUGUGGGAUUGUGAUGGGGGCGCCGCCGGGCGGGGCUUUGAAAAACGUUAGCUGUAGAACGAAGCGGUAG